AUGAACAGGGCACCUUCUAAGAACGACACUUGGUGGGCAGAACAUUCACGUACAUGUGGUGGCCAGUUUAAGAAAAUUAAAGAGCCCGAAGAUUAUGGAAAAAAGGGGAAUAAGCGCAAAAUAAGUGAAAAGAACACGAACAACAGUAAAGUGGACCCGGAAAGAAAUUCUUCGGACACUGCUGUGAACAAAAGUCCCAGUUUAUCUAAGUGGUUCAAACCAAUAAAAGAGUUAGAUGCAUCAAAUCCUGAUAACAUUCGAGAACGCAAAAAUGAUAACUUAGAUAGUCUCAAAAAGCCACUUUCUAUGUUCUCUGGUAACGGACGUCGUUUAGAUAGUGGACAAAGUGUAAGAUCUGUUAGUAAAGAGCAGUGGAUUGAAAAUCUGAUGAAAAAGCAAGUGGGAGUAUCUGGGAAACGGCAAAUGGCCAGUGGAUUUAUAAGUGCAGCAGGACCGCAGCAAAAGCCACUCAAAGCAAUCGUGGAUGGAGCGGCAAAUCAGAAAACUCGCGUUAACGUUGUCAGUAGUUCUACUGUUUCAAAACCGGGUUCAACUCAUAAAGAUAAUAAUAUAACAGGUUUCAAGCAGAAUUUUACUCAAGAAGUAUCUGUGAUGAAAUCUAGGGCAGUUAACAAGAAAUGCCAUGCAUUACCAGGGCAAAAUAGUGCACCAUCAUCCUCGAGUAGUUUUUGUAACACAAGCCAGUCAAAUAAUCAAUUUAAUGGUUUGCGAGAGACAAUACCAAGGCAAACGGUUAAGGAAUCUGCUAAUUCUACGAUAGAAAAAUUUCCCUCACUCACGGUAGAAGAUGCUUGUAUGCCUGUAGAUUCAAGACCAGUAACAUUGGAGAACAUUCCAAAAACGGUACAAAGUAUAAAAACGUCUGGACCAAGUAUUGGUGAUUCUGAAAGUGGGCCUAAGCUGUUUUGGAAUCGAAAAGAUGUCAAACAACAGGAUAUCCAGACGAUCCCUAUCGUUAUUAAUGAUAGCCCACCUUGCAAUCAGAGAAGCACUAAAUUUGUGGAGUGUCCUGCCUGCCCCAAAUUGAUUCCAGAAAACAUGAUCAAUGCACAUUUAGACAAAUGCUUAGCGCAGGCCUUUUCAUAA